AUGGACUAUUUCAUCUGGGCAAUGGUUGCCGCAUUGCUGAGCGUGGCUGCGUCCACGAUUGUGCAGCAGCAGCUGAACCAGCGACCCCUUCUUGACUCAGGUCCGCGCCUACCUCCUCUCAGGACCCCCCCUCGAAAGUUAGUUCAACCCCUCCGACGUGACUAUCUGGAGCGGGACACGGCACGAGCCUUUUACUCCUACGGCUACAGCGAUGACACGGCUGCAAAGGCGGAGUAUAUAGGCCGCGACGGCACUUCCCGGGGCUUUUAUUCCUACGUAGAUGCUAAUGGAAAGUUGCAGACAGUAAAGUAUGAGGCAGGCCGCAAGCAAGGCUUCAAGGCAGAAGCCACUAACUUGCCAAAAGCACCGGUGGACGAUCGAAAGGCACCUGAACCCGUGCAGGAGACGUUGGAGGUACAGCAGGCGCGUGAGGCGCAGCUCAAUGCCUUGCGUGAAGCAGAAGCACUCGAAGCAAGCUUGCGUGAAGAGGCCGAGAGAGAUGCACGCGUUAACGUAAACGGCAACACGAACUUAAAGAAUGCAAGACAACCGCAGCCGACCUCAUUUGAAGAAGAGAGUCUCAGCGAGGAGGACGAACAGAUAUUGGUGCGUGUGCGUGCUGAAUUAACUGCCAUGCUCGCAGAUCAGCUAGCGCGCAAUGAGCAGCGACCGCUUGAGGACGAUCAGGCCAUUGGAAGCGAAGACAUUGAUGCCAAAAUUGAGGAAGACCAGAAGACUGAAGUCGAUGCUGAUGCGGAAGCGGACAUUGCUGCUGCACGACAGCGGUUGACUCUGAUAAGUGCCGGCAACGAUGUCGAUCUACCAGGCAGUCUCCGGACUGUCUACACACUCGCCGACAUAAGUUCCAGCAGUUACUUGAAGCUGGGCGAUUUGGCAGCUGGACAAAUUCUGGAGGUUGCUCCCAAAACACAACGCACGGAUGACAGACGUCUGCGGGUUCCAGUGAGUGCUGUUUACACAUUGCUUACGCCCACCACCAAGUAUAGUGUAAGCACACCCACGGAAUUGAGGACUCUGCGUCUUAACCUAGGAAGUACAGGCAACAGCUUGCCCAUUGCAUUGAGCCGCAGUCUACUGAAGCAGCGACUGAACAAUGGGGAGCAGAAGAACUGAGU